UCGCAAGUUCUGGGAAAUGAGUAAUAGCUGUGACCUAGUUGACGUGUGUCUUCAACGAGGGUCGGGGCAAAUGUUAACGAUGUUUUCUUAAGCUACCGGUUGCAAUUGUCCUGGGCGAUAAAUGAAUGCGCACAACAUUCCGCGAAUAUUUCGAUUAGUCGGCUAGAUGACUUAAGUGACUGUUGUGUGGAAACUAAAUGGAUUUAUAAAAAAUUCAGAGAAAUAAAAAUAACUGCAAUUUCUGAAAAAUAAGUUAUUGUGUUGACCUAGCUGACGCGUGUCUUCAGCAAUCGGUUAUGUAGAUCUUAUCGCUGGAUCCUUACACUGCAAUUUAAACCCUCAUAUGCAACACACGAGUGUCCUAAACGCUUUCGAUAAACAUUUAUGUUCAGUCAAUAAGUUGUCAUUGAACGGUAUUGUUGCAAUAGUUCGACUACUAAGUUGUAGUUGAGCUGAUAGUAUAUGCAAUAAUGAGGAUCAAAAUAAUCAUUUUUUGCUGGUAUUGCAUACAUGCUGCCGAUAGUGCACUCAAUGAUUUUAAUUAUUUGAAUUUUUCUCCUAAUAGUUCAACGAAGCGGCUCAUUAGCAAUGCGGUCACUUAUAUUAUUUAUUUAAUGACAACUUAUAUUUGUUAGAUAUUCUUUUUAUUAAUAGGUUUAAUUACUUACAGAGAGAAUUGGUUGAAACGUGUUUUAUAAAUAAUUCGAAUCCGGUGAUAAUAACUUCUGAUUUCAUCGAUGAUGGCUACAAAAAUCAAAAUCCGGGUGAUAGUAAAGAAAGAAAUUCGCCGGUGAUUGUAAUUAACGAAAAAUUAAAGGGGGAUAGGAUCAAAGGAUACCAUCCCACGUACCCCACAUAUGUCCUGUCAUUUGACUCAAUUGAAAAACUGGAGGCACAAGUUAAAGAGUUUAGAUCAUCGGCAAUCUGGAGUAUAAAGUCGCCUCUCCUGGUCAUCGAUACUAACAAAGAGUCGCGGUGUGCGAAUGCCGGAAGGGUACUUGGGUUUUUGUGGACAAUGGAUUUAUUGUCUGCGUACUACUUGUGUUAUGACGAUGGCAAGGAUUCGACGAUCGUCUAUACUUUGAACCCAUUCACGAAUUACGCUCCUCGGCCAUGGGUUAAAGUUGAGGCAGCUGAUCAGUUUGACGACAACAAGGGCAAGAAAUGGACACUCUACAAUCUCCAAUAUACUAAAGAUCGAACUCCAUGCAGAAAUGUAUCUUUUGACAAGACUCAAGACUUGGAUGGUCAUGAAAUUAAUGUCGCACUUGUUAAGUAUUUUCCGAAGAAUCUGAGCAUUAUAAUAAAUCAACGAGACCGCGUGUUGGAUCGGCUUCUCGCUAAAAAAUCAACACAUUUACCACAAUGGCCGAUGUACAUUAAUGCGAAAUAUUCAAUUUACAUUAUACCGUUCCAACGUUCUAUUAUUGAAAAAGGUUAUAUUGCGGAAUUAGCUAAUAAACAGUUUGACGCUCAUGCAAUUGUACUGCAAUUAGCAGGUAUUAAUUACGAGUUGUUAGACUUUGUGACACAGUAUCAGGAACUAAAGUAUUCGAUUUUAACUAAAAAGUCAAAUUAUUUAACGGUAAUAAGCGAGAUAACUUACAAUCUGCAGUUUAUUAUUUCGACAAUAGUUGUCUUGCUAUUGAUAGCAGUGAUUAUGAUAGUUAAUAACAAAUUCGAUAUAAGCGGGGGUAUUAUGGACGUGAUAAAAAUGUCAGCAGGAAUGGGAGUGAUGUCGCCUUUCGACCGGCUCUCGAUAAGAAUAAUUUACUUAAGCGGCUUCUUGUUUAUUUUCACUGUAAUGCCCGAGUUUCAGGGACAAAUAUCCGCCAUUUUGUCGAAGCCUAUGCGCCGUAACAUAGAGUCGUUAAAAGAUCUGUACGAAAAUAAGUUUCAUGUUUACUAUGACGAAUUAUUAGAGAAUGAUAUUAUCAAUGGAAAAUUGUGGGUCACUGAUGAGGAUAAAAAAUAUUUACAUCGAUUAACGGAAAGUCAACAAAGGGAUUGUGUAUCAGCUGCAAAAACAAAUUCAACAAUCGCUUGCAUUUUCUUCACAGUGCAACAGUUAUAUGCUGCUUCAAAUUCAAAACAUUUGUAUGUUUCAAAAGAAGUUACUUUUAAAAAAUAUUUCGUUUAUUGGACACGAAAGGACUGGGCCGUCAAACAUAAACUCGAUAAAAUUGCAUCGUUAUUUUUGGAAUCGGGUCUUGUUCAUUAUAGAACUGACAAAGUAAUAGAAAAGUAUUCCAAGAAAAUAAAAAAAUUGAAUAAAAUCGAACAACGAGGAAAUUACGACCAGGUUGAUUUCGAUCAUUUGGUGUUUAGUUAUAUGUUUACUGGCGCAAUUUUACUUUGGAGUUUGAUUAUCUUUGGAAUUGAAGUUCUUUUCCAUAAGCAUUCGAAAAUUUGCAGACAAAUUAAAAUGCGCAGACAUUUUAGAAAAAAAAUUUCUGUAAGAUCGCAGCCGAGAAUUGUUUUCUUUCCUGGGCGGAUGGUUCUCCUAAACAACCGCAAUCAAGUUUAAAAUAUAUAUCAAACAUAUACUCACUGCAUAUUUUAAUCUUGUGAAAGUCUUUUUAGCUUUAUAGUGAUUGUUUGGUUUUUCAGAAGACUUUGUUUCUUGUUGAUAAUUUUGUAAAAUUUAAACUGCAAAUUUUGUGACUGACAUUUUGUUUUUCGCACCUUAAGGGCGACGCGCUGUUCGCUUUACGAUCGAAAUUAUCAAUUCGACAAAUUCACAUACGGUAAAACAUACCUACACGAAAAGAAAUUUUCUUGAAACAUUACCGUUGUAUUCACGGUAAUCUUGGGACGAAUGGUACGAACUAAUCAUUUGUCGGUAAGUGAGAUAAUUUUUAACUUUUUUUCAACAAAUUUUACCGUAGUCUUUUGUAAAUUUUAUGAAGUCUACGACAAAAUGAAUAAAAUUUUUCGUAAUUUUUAUUCCAAAAAUGGUAAUAAAUAAAAGCGCCGCAUUAUGUCUCACGAUUACAGUGAAUUUAACGGUAAUUUUUAAAGAAAAUUUCUUUCCGUGUAUGCUCUUUCGAUUACACUAAAUUGGGUUAAAUUUUAUACUAGUACUAAGAUAAUUUAUUGGAGAAUAAUUCCGACCCGGUAUUAAGUCGAUUUAGUAUUCCAUUGAUUUAAAAUAAAUUAUUUAAAUUCCAGAAAUCGGCGCCGUCGAUUGACCGGUACGAAUCUUCGUAAGUACGAUAACUUUCGAAAAAUAUAAUGUACGGCUUAAUUUUUUUUUUUAAUAGCUUUGUAUUUUUCGUCGCAAGAACCCAAUGAAAAAUCACGAUCUAAAUCAUUUUCGUUUAAUUGUAAAAAAUAAUAUACUUUAUAACGCUAACUCAUGAAAACUUAGCCGCCAUAUUUGAUUUUUAUUAUUAUAAUUUUUUGUUUUUUUUUCCGCCACAAACUACUGACAGCAGCACUAGAAAGAAGUGGGAUUAAAAAAGAAACAGCGACAUCUAAGAAGAAAAGGCGGAAUAUUUAAAAAAAAAUUUAAAUAAAAAUAAUUAAACUGAAAAUAAAAAGUAAAAUGUUUAUAUUUAUCAUGAGCGAUUGAGGUGCGCACUUUCGGAUUUCCCAUUUUUUUAGAAAAUAA